AUGGCCAGAGAAAGUCGUAAAAGGAAAUUGGUAAAUUUGAACCCGGAGCUCCCACCCGAAAUCAUAUUCUCCCAUAUACUCCCACGGCUACCACCAAAGGAUCUGAUGAUGCAGUGCAGGUGCGUAUGCAAGUCUUGGUCCUCCCUCAUCUGCAGCCCUUCCUUUGUCGCCGACUUCUGGAACGACAGAAACAAGAGCACCACUAACUUCCUUUUCCAAAAGCAAAACCGCUUCUUCUCCUCAAAAAUAGAGGAGAAGGAGCAACAAGGAGGAGGGAAUAAUAAUAAUAACAGGGUUCUAAUUCCAACACCCGUCGCCGAACUUUCAUACCUGAGUCGAUGUGAAGCUCUUCAACUUUAUACAUAUGAUAGAGUGCAAAGCGUCCAUGGCUUGGUUUGUGCAUCCUCUAGUUAUGGUGGCCCAGUUUUCAUACUUAACCCUACCACUCGAGAGUCCAUUCAACUUCCCCAUGUCAAGCACAAUGCAUUAGUUGCAUACAACUUUGGCUUCAGUCCACUUACCAACGAGUAUAAGGUUCUCCAGCUCAUCAACUUUCGAAAUUCAGAUUUUCAGUUCAACGCAUUCACGCUAGGUCAGGAUUCUUCGUGGAGACCAUUGCAGGUAGACCCUGCAGCAGGCAACGUUGACCUUCCAUUUAAAAUAUGGACUGUGGCCAUAAGUCCUGUGUGCAUCAAUGGGGCCAUACACUGGAUCGAUAAGUACGAAAAAAAGAUUGUGGUAUUUGACGUUGGAGAGGAGAGCUUCAGCGUGGUGCCACUAUCUGAAGAUUGUGCUCAAGACUUUGUUGACUAUGAUGAUAAUUUUCCAAGAAUAGUUGAGGUGGGAGGAUGUGUGGCUGUGUAUCUUGGGAACCGGUGGGAGCAUAACAAGUUAAUUUUAUAUGGAUUUUGA